GAUUUGCAGUUUGAUCCCCAGAUCCAUCAGGCAGGAAACCGGGAUGGGACCAUAGCUCAGUUUGUAGAGCAUCUGCUUUCCACACAGAAGGUUCCAGGUUCAAACCUGGAAUGACCUCUGCUUGAAAACAUGGAGGGCCACUGCCACCAGGGGUUCCCAACCUAUGGUAUUCCAGAUGUUGCUGGGAACCCCUGGUGUAGUAGACAAUACUGAGCUAGAUGGACCAGUGGUCUGACUCCAUAAAAGGCAGCUUCCAAACUAUUUUGAAAUCAGUGAGAAAUUUUGAAAUCAGAGGGAAAUGGAGGCUGAUUCACAGAAUCAUAUUGUGGGGGCUUUUCAACCCCCUUUACUGUCUGCAUGGAUUAAACAGAAACAUAAAAUCUAUUGACUAAAUCAACACAUGGAAUCAUCAUCACGAGAAUCUGCACAACUAGUUGGUGUGCACCAUACAAACAGUAUAGAUUUUAUCACAUGGUUCAUGCGGCAUGUGCUGACAAUUUGUGCUUAUACGGGUGGACUUUCAAGACUGUUUUUGCCAUACCUGUAUUCAAUCUGUUCAGCAGGGAAACAAAUUUAAAGAAAUGGAUGUGCACAUUGAAAUAAGAUUUAAAAGUUGUGUGCAUCAGUGUCAGAUGGAGUGUGGAUGCAUGGUGGAGUGCGUUGUGUUUCCUGGUGGUGCUGCAGACUGCAGAGAGAACUCGGAGCUGCAGCUUCAACAGGCAAGAAAGGAAAAGAGACUUUAAAGCAGGAGGUCAGCAUGAGAAGUGACUUCAAGCAAGAGAUGGGAAAUUCUUAUGCUGGACAGCUCAAGACAACACGCUUUGAAGAAGUGCUGCACAACUCGAUUGAGGCCUCUCUCCGGUCCAACAAUUUAGUCCCCAGGCCGGUUUUUUCACAGCUGUAUUUAGAAGCUGAGCAGCAGCUGUCAUCUCUAGAAGCAGGCAGUAGAGUGGAUAAUGAGGAAGAGGAGGAGGAAGAAGAAGAAGAGGAAGAAGGUUCAGAAUCAAGUAGUUCCCCUAUCACUUAUCAGAUGAAACCACCUCCUGAAGGCUGUUGCACUACAGAUGGUUUCUGUCAAGCUGGGAAAGACUUGAAACUAGUAUCCAUUUCUAAUGAACAAAUUGAAGUGCCUGCAGGAUUUUUACUUGUUGGUGUGAAGUCCCCAAACUUACCUGAUCACCUUUUAGUGUGUGCCGUAGACAAGCGAUUUCUGCCUGAUGACUAUGGACGCAAUGCCCUGUUAGGUUUCUCUGGCAAUUGUGUUGGCUGCGGCAAGAAAGGCUUCUGCUACUUUACGGAGUUUUCCAAUCACAUCAAUCUUAAGCUGACCACUCAGCCCAAGAAACAGAAACACUUAAAGUAUUAUCUGGUCAGGAAUGCACAGGGAACUCUUAUGAAAGGCUCAGCAAUCUGCUGGAAGGGAGCAGAGUUCAGAAGCUGCCAGCCCUCAUCCAGCACUUGUUCCAACCCAUUGUUCCAGCCUCCAGAGAAUACAGGCCCCUCAGCAACUGUCCCGAAUGAGCCAGUUCUAGCAGCACAUCCAAUCAUUCAAGCUGGGAUGCAUCAGAUGGCACCUGACCAACUCCCAUCAACAGCAUGCCACCCAGUUUACAACGGCAAAGAUUCUCCCCAGCAACAUUCAGUGAAAAGCAAUUUAUCUUCCAUGACAAGACCAUCAGUAUUAGGCACUUUAACAAAUUCAGGGCCUCCUAAAAAACGUCACAAAGGAUGGUCACCAGAGUCUCCUUUAUCCAAUGAAGCCUGGAAUUUGCAGCCCAACACUCAAAUCACAAAUAGAAAUAAAAAUGAUGGAGGAGGAGGUGGUGGUGGAGGUGGAGGCAGUGGAGGAGGAAUGUCUUGCCUACCUCAUGCACCCUUGGUAGGACCAGUGUCUUCUCCAGUGCUGGCCUCUGAAGAGCCAGUUUUAGUUCCUGACAACUUGCUGAAAAUAUAUAAAGCAAAGCCAGUCAUAUUUAAAGGGCAUGGAAACUUCCCUUAUCUUUGUGGGAACCUUAAUGAUGUCAUAGUGAGCCCCCUUUUAUAUACAUGCUACAAGAAUGCACAGUCUCUCUCUAGGGCUUAUGAACAAUAUGGAGCCUCCACAAUACCGCCAAUUUCAGAGGAAAUGCAGCUCUUACUAACAGUCUAUUACCUUGUUCAACUUGCUUCAGACCAGGUUCCUUUGAUCGAGGACUUGGAACAGAUCUUCAUGCGUUCAUGGCGAGAGUCGCAUCUUUCUGAAAUCCGCCAGUAUCAACAGGCCAUUCCACAAGCCUUUCCUCAGGUCCCUGGCCAAAUUGCACCCGUGACAUCAGCUCAGCUUCCUUGGCUAGCAGGACUGGCAGCCAGCUCAUGUAAUGACAGCGUCCACAUCAUUGAGUGCAACUGUUCUUUAGCGGAGGGGCUCUCAGAAAUGUUUAAGAUGCUCAUGGAGGGAAAACUAGUGAAGACCAACUAUGUGGUGAUCAUAUGCGCUUGUAGGAACAGAGCCAUUGAUUCUUGCAUUGCUGUAACAGGGAAAUACCAAGCAAGAAUACUGUCUGAGAGCAUGCUCACUCCAGCGGAAUACCAGAAAGAAGUUAGUUAUGAACUAGUUACUGGGAAAGUUGAGGCUCUAGGAGCCUUCUUCAGUACUCUCUGCCCAGAUGGUGACAUUGAUGUCUUGCUGGACAAAUUUUAUCAAGAAAAUCGAACCCAUAUUUCAUCAUCUCUCUCUGCUUCAGUGAAUAAACCAGCAGCAUUGGAAGUCACGGGAACAGCUGUGUGUACAAGUUAUAACCUUGAGCCGCAUCAGAUCCGACCCUUCCAGCUCGCAGUGGCUCAGAAAUUGCUGUCUCAUGUUUGCUCCAUUGCAGACUCCAGCACUCAGAACCUUGACUUGGGUUCCUUUGAGAAAGUUGAUUUUCUGAUAUGCGUCCCUCCUUCCGAAGUGACGUAUCAGCAAACGUUGUUUCACCUCUGGCAUUCAGGUGUUCUGUUAGAGCUUGGUUUUGAGAAGGAGCAUCUUACAAAGCAGAGGGUGGAACAGUAUGUUGUAAAACUGGAUGCAGAAGCCCAGACUAAAUUUAAAGCCUUUUUACAAAACUCAAUGCAGAAUCCACAUACUCUUUUUGUACUGAUUCACGACCAUGCUCACUGGGACCUUGUGAGUGCAGUGCACAGCCUUUAUCCUCAGUCAGAUCCAGCUGUGGGGCUUGUGGACAGGCUGCUGAACUGCAGAGAGGUGAAAGAGGCUCCCAAUAUUGUGACACUUCAUGUGACAUCCUUCCCCUAUGCUCUGCAGACGCAACACACUCGCAUCAGCCCUUAUAAUGAAAUCCACUGGCCUUCAUUAUAUAACAAUGGAGCAGACUUAUACCAUGAAAACAAGAAGUACUAUGGACUGCCUGAAUUUAUUGAAUCCACUUUUUCUGGACACAGCCUUCCAUUGCUUCGUUAUGACAGCUCCUUUGAAGCAAUGGUCAUGGCAUUGGGGAAAAGGUUCCCUAGAUUGCAUAGUGCAGUGAUCAGGACGUUUGUUCUUGUUCAGCACUACUCUGCAGCCAUGAUGGCAGUAUGCGGCUUGUCCCAGAUGAAGAAUUACACAACAGUUGAAACUCUAGAAAUCACCCAGAAUCUCAUCAAUUCUUCAAGGCAGUGCCCCAGUGGACAUGGGCUCAUGGUUGUUUUGCGGAUUCCAUGCAUUCCUUUGGCAGCAGUGGCUUAUGAACGCCUCAGCCAUGUGAGGGAAAGACUAGCCCUUGAAGACCAUUUUGAAAUCAUCCUGGGGAAUCCCAACUCCGGAAUCACUAUCGGGAAACACUUUGUGGAACAGCUCAAGAUCUGGCAGAAAAUCGAAGAUGCUGAAUGGAGGCCCCAGACCUAUUUGGAACUGGAAGGUCUACCUUGCAUAUUGAUCUUUAGCGGAAUGGACCCUCAAGGGGAGUCCCUGCCAAGGUCCUUAAGAUACUGUGACCUUCGUUUGAUAAAUUCCUCUUGUUUGGUGAGAACAGCCUUGGAGCAAGAACUUGGCUUGGCGGCCUAUUUUGUAAGUUCUGACAUUUCUGGGGAGAAAGUGGUAGCAAAUGAUGUCCUGGAGAGUGACCCAGAGAAGCUAAGCAGUACUGAUAACGAAGAUGAAGAGACCGUAACAGAAGGCUCUACUUCAGAAAAGAGAAGCCCUGUCAAAAGAGAGAGGUCAAGUUCACAUGAUUCUGCUGCUUCAUCUGUCUCUUCUAAAAUGUCAAGCACAGCAUUCUGCAGUGAAUUGUCUCCUCCUUUAAUAACUGUAGGGGAGGUAGGAAAGUCACCUCAUCAGGUAUUAAGCAGCAGUACUGAAGAGAGUACUAACACAGAAAGGCAAAGACAGAAAGUGGAGAAGGAUUCAAAGUUGACUGCUAAAACUGCUCAGCCUUCUAUCACUUCAUCGUCGCCACCCCCCUUUUCAUCUUCCUCCGCCUCUUCUGCACCUACCCACAGCUCUUUUGUCCUGCAGGCAUCUCAGUGCUCCAUGACUAAAGCGUCCCAGCAAUCCCCCAUCGUUUACCUGCCCAAACUGGUGUAUGACAUUGUUACUUCUGCAGACAGCACCGGACUUCCUAAGUCAUCGUCCCUCUUGCCUUAUCAUUCGGUGAUGUGGGCGAGUUCUUUCCGCCCACUCAUGAGUAAAAUGAUGACCUGCACAGAGCAGUCCCUAUAUUAUCGCCAAUGGACAGUCCCCAAACCAAUCCAUAUGGACUACAACAAUAGGAACGAAGGCAGAAUGGAUACCUUUCACCCAAGGAGGUUGUUGCUGAGCGGGCCACCACAGAUAGGAAAGACAGGUGCCUAUUUGCAGUUUCUCAGUAUCUUGUCCAGAAUGCUGAUUCGAUUGACAGAAGUGGAUGUUUAUGAUGAAGAGGAGAUCAAUAAUGACCUCAAAGAAGAAUCAGAGCAAUAUUACCACCAGUCGGGGGUUGCAUGGCCUGACCUGGAAACAUUUAAAACAAUGCCUUUUGACUACAUUAUCCAUGAUCCCAAAUAUGAAGAUGCAAGUCUAAUUUGUUCAAGGAUUCAGAACAUGAACAGUGAAGAUACAUCAGCAAACAGAAAACAAGAGGACUUGUAUAUGCGCCGUCAGACAACUCGAAUGAGAUUAUCCAAAUAUGCUGCUUACAACACCUACCACCAUUGCGAACAGUGUCAUCAGUACAUGGGUUUCAAUCCCAGGUACCAGCUUUAUGAAUCCACCCUGCAUGCUUUUGCCUUUUCUUAUUCUAUGCUUGGAGAAGAGAUCCAGCUUCACUUUAUCAUUCCAAAGUCCAAGGAGCACCAUUUUGUCUUUAGCCAUCCCGGAAGGCAGCUGGAAAGCAUGAGAUUGCCACUUGUCACAGAUAAGAACCAGGAUUACAUAAAGAGCCCCACCUUCACUCCCACAACUGGACGUCAUGAACAUGGGCUUUUUAACCUUUACCAUGCAAUGGAUGGGGCUAGCCAUUUGCAUGUCCUGGUUGUCAAGGAGUAUGAAAUGGCGAUAUAUAAAAAAUACUGGCCCAAUCACAUCAUGCUUGUUCUACCAAGUAUUUUCAACAGUGCUGGAGUGGGUGCUGCUCAUUUCCUCAUAAAAGAGUUGUCUUACCAUAAUCUGGAGCUUGAACGAAAUCGUCAAGAGGAACUAGGGAUUAAGCCCCAGGAUAUCUGGCCUUUCAUUGUCAUUUCAGACGACUCUUGUGUCAUGUGGAAUGCCAUAGAAAUUGAUUGUUCAGGUGACCGAAAAAGUGAAUACGCAUGGACUGAAAGGAAUAUUUCUCUGAAGCAAAUUCUGCACCAUAUUGAAUCAACUCCUAAUGUCACUCACUAUGCCUUGAUUGGGAUGAGGAAGUGGUCAAGUAAAACCAAGAGUGGAGAAAUCAAGGAGCCAUUCUCUUGCUGCCAUGUUCAUGACUUCAUUAUGCUGAAUGUGGACCUAACACAGAAUGUGCAAUAUAAUCAGAACAGAUUUAUGUGUGAUGACGUGGAUUUCAACCUCCGUGCCCACAGUGCAGGCCUGCUGAUCUGUCGGUUUAAUCGAUUCAGUGUCAUGAAGAAGCAAAUUGCCGUGGGUGGGCAAAGGUCCUUUCAUAUUAAGUCUAAGGUGUCGGAUAACCCAGUGUCUAUUGCCCCAGCUCAAUACAUCUGUGCUCCUGACAGCAAGCACACCUUCUUGGCUGCUCCUGCCCAAUUGCUGCUUGAAAAAUACCUGCAGUAUCACAGCCAUCGCUUCUUCCCUCUAUCGCUAAAGAAUUAUAGCCAUCCAGUGCUAUCUGUGGACUGUUACCUUAAUCUAGGGUCACAGAUUGCAGUUUGCUACGUCAGCUCUCGGCCUCAUUCUCUGAAUGUCAGCUGCUCUGGUAUGAUCUUCAGUGGGCUCCUGCUGUACCUCUGUGAUUCCUUUGUUGUAGCCAGCUUCUUGAAGAAGUUCCAUUUCCUGAAAGGUGCCACCUUAUGUGUCAUUUGCCAAGACAGGAACUCCCUGCGUCAGACGGUUGUCCGGCUGGAACUGGAAGAUGAGUGGCAAUUCCGACUGAGAGAUGAAUUCCAAACAGCCAAUGCCAAAGAAGACAAGCCCCUCUUCUUUCUGACUGGACGACAUAUUUGAUAGGAAAUCAAAAACAUUAAUGUGACACAGGCAAGGGCAUAGCUAGGGGAGAGGGGGCCAUGUUCAUCCCUCUCUCUGGCGGCCCCCCAGAGUGAGGGAGAUAAUGAAGAAAAUAAGGAGGGGUGGAGCUGGAGGGCCCUCAGGAGCUGGGGGCCUGUGUUCUUUGAACCCUUUCGCUCAAUUAUAGCUACACCCCUGGACACAGGAGCUUGGCUUCUUUCUGACUGUACAAAUGGUCUACCAAACACACAGAGAGAAAAAGAACUGAAAUGUCCAUACAAUGUUACAACAAGAGCAAUUUCUUUUAGUGUCAUCUAGGCACAAUAGUUAGGCAUUUUUGAAAUAUUUUUAUUAAAUGUUUAUUUUAUUUGACCAGUGUAUGUUUAUAGUUCCAAACACUGUUAGUAACGUUUGUAAUUUAAUGAGCUUGAGAAAGUAACUUCUUUUGUGCAGGGGGAAUACUUGAAUAUGAUUGAACUGGUUGCCCCCAACACUGGUUGUAUAUAUCAUACAAAUUGUUUCAAACAAAACUAGUGGUAUAGUUGAGAAAUUUGGAAUUUAGAAAUAGAGUUCCUCCUACAUAUUGUUAAUCUGGAAGCCACAGCAUAUCAAAAUUAUUGCCUAUGUAGUGAUUGGUAAACAUAUAUAGUGACUGGUAAACACUAACAGCUAUGUGGUGCUCCUUUGUCCUGAGAGCUAAAGGCAAAAAUCACUGAGAAAUUCUCCUGUGAAAGUCCUAUUGAAAUGAAUGGGAUGUGCACAACAACAUGGUGGUCUGCAUUUAUUUCAAAGGAGAUAUGCAAAGGAAAACUUCCCAGUGGAUCGUGCCACAUACUUCUGUUCUAAUGAAAAUUGGCUUUCCAUCCAAAUUUCAGAACCAAUGGUUAUCUUGCAUAGUUUAAAACUAUGCCAAAAUUUGUGAAAAGUAGAAAUGUAAUUAUAGCAAACCUUUCUGAUUUGAGGCCCUUCAAAUUGAACUGAAUUUUAAAGACUGAACACUUCAGGACCAAGACUGAAGCCUACAUAAAGUGUUUUAUGUGCUUAAAUUAAAGCAAGUGUAACAGGAAAAAGAAUGGCUAAAUAAACUGGUGGGCUCAGUCGUAGCUGAAUUUUCUUGCACAUUGUAAACAUUGUAAAUUGCAUUUGUGCAAAUAAAAUUUAAAAACAUUAAAGUUAAUUUAGUAGUU